AGUAUCCCUUGCAGUAAAUAGGGUGCAACAAAAAGAAAAACAGCACAACCAAACUAGUUGCUAAACACAUUUGUUGUUAUCUUGAAAAUGAUCAUUUGGACUUAAUGAGUAAAAAGGCCAAAAGGUUGGCCAUCAUUAUUACAUCGAAAUGUUUCUACGACUGCCCAUGAGUUUGGCGCGCUUCCUGAAUAAUGGACGCCUGCGAAUACUACUCCUCUUUCUGAUCGUUCUGCUGGUUCUGGGUAUUUGCAUCACAUACAAUAAUUGGCCAACCGAUGCUGAGCUUUGCUUUAGGGAUGUAACCCCAGCAAUAUCUAAGUUAGAAGCAGAUGAACAUAUUGCAUUAGAAGAUGUGCUUUUGGGACAUCCCAAACCAAGAGCCGGUCGGAGCAUAUUCUUCCAUGAGACCAGUUGCCAUCUGUUCAGAAAGGAGGAGCGGAAGCAGGGCAAGAAAAAAGAGUACAAAUUACUACAGCUGACACCACGUCAGGCCUGUGCCAUUGAGUCCGCCGCUCUCCAUAAUCCGAAUUUCGACAUUUUUGUCCUAUUUGCCGAUCCCACCUAUAAAGUGACUAAAUGGCGAAAUGGCAGCCUAGAACAGUCGCCAUUGAUCGAAGCCAUAUUGGGUUACAAUAAUGUACAUUUAAGAAGCUUGAAUCUCUGGACUUACUCGGAGGGUACACCUAUCGAGGCGUGGUUCAAGGACGGUCAACUGUUUCAAUCCAGAUAUUUAUUCUCUCAUUUAUCGGAUUUUCUGCGAUAUCUCACUUUAUAUCGCUAUGGUGGCCUCUAUUUGGAUAUGGAUGUGGUGGUGCUUCGCAGCAUGGAAGAUAUUCCACCCAAUUACACUGGCGCCGAAUCUCAUAGCUCUCUAGCUGCUGGUGUCAUGAAUUUCGCAGCUCACGGCUUUGGUCACGAAAUCGCCGAAUCUUGUCUACGGGAUUUUCAACAAAAUUUCGAUGGCAGCGAUUGGGGUCAAAACGGUCCGGGAGUCAUAACUCGUGUAGCCCAAAAGAUUUGCGGCACUCAGGACAUUUCGUUAAUGAUUGAGGAUAGCAAACGUUGCCUUGGUUUUAAAGUAUAUUCUCGUGGCGCUUUCUAUGCCAUUCCCUGGAGGCAGUGGCAGGAUUUCUUUGAACCCCACAAACUGGAAACGACUAUGGCCCGUGCCAAAGACUCGUAUGUGAUUCAUGUGUGGAAUAAGCACUCGAGUAAAUUAAAAAUUCGUUAUGGUACUAAAUCCGCCUAUGCACAAUACGCCGAAUCGAAUUGUCCUCGUGCUCUGGCAGCAUCUGGGGAAUAUUUCUAGGUAACAAAAACUAGUUCAAAUGCUUUUCUGUUGUUGUUUUAGGAUUAAGCAAAAACCACCCACAUACCAAAAAUAUGUAUUAUUUUGUGAGAGCAUCCAGCUUUCCAAUGGUUGCUUAGUUAUAAUAAUUUGUUUUUAUUUUAAUUUAGCCAGGCUUUUCCAAACAACAUUACCAAAACAUAACAUAACAAACAAAAUAAGUUGCUCCCAGCUUGAAACUGAAUCUGAAUCAAAAAAUAUUGUCACAAUUUAUGAUUUCACUCGAAUUGAAUAAGCAAUAUUUUGAAUAUCAAAAAAUGUAUACUAUAUAAUAGUAAAAAUUAAGGCAGAGCAGAAAUGGAUGUAUAUGCAUAGUAUAUGCAAAAUCUAUAUUUUUCUAUAUGUUUAUAUAAUUUUUUUAUUGUUUAAGUGGGGAAAAAAAUGAAUUUUUGAAGGAAAUCUCUGUAACAAAUAAUCGAACAAAUAAUAAGUAUAAUAAGUAUAUAAUCUCUACUCUAAUUGUGAAAUUUAUGAAUCUAUUUGAGAUGGAUAUUCUACUGAGUGUAUACAAUUUUCAUACCGUAUUUGAAAUACAAAAAUAAAUGCAUUAACUCAA